AAGAGAGACCGGCGAGAGUCGCUGGUUGGUCGCGAACUGGUUCCGAUGACCCACUCCUACGCGGCUCGGGUGUCGACCGCGAGAGCCGCUCAGUGUCGGCCGACCGGUCCCACCGUGCGCCGGGAAUAUCCGCGUCCGUCGGUCCACCGUCCAGGUCGCCGGGGCAAGGAAGUUUCCGAAAAUUGCCGGUCGAUACUCCCCAACCCGAUGGCCCUCACCACCUGGCUGGGGGCAGUAGCCCUAGGCGUCCUCUUCCUCCCCGAAGCCAUCGGCCAUGGUAGACUCAUCGAGCCUCCCUCCAGGGCGUCCAUGUGGAGGUACGGCUUCGACACUCCCCACGACUACAACGACAACGAGCUCUACUGUGGCGGCUUCACCAGACAGUGGCAGAGGAACUCCGGAAAAUGCGGCAUCUGCGGAGACCCAUACGACACGCCUACGCCGAGGCCUCACGAGUCCGGGGGGAAGUUCGGGAACGGCGUGAUCGUCCGCAGGUACCGAACAGGGGCGACGAUCCCGGUCAAGGUGGAGCUAACCGCCAACCACCACGGCUUCUUCGAGUUCCGGGUCUGCCCGAUGACUGCCCAGGGUCUGGAGGUGACUCAGGAGUGCCUGGACGAGUACCUCCUGCAAGGCGAAAACGGCACUGCCAGGUAUUACCCGGGUCCCGGUAACCGGGUCUUCGAGGGGUACUACAAACUCCCGGAGGACCUGACCUGCGUCCAGUGCGUAUUCCAGUGGAGGUACACCGCCGCCAACAACUGGGGGGACUGCGGAAACGGCACAGGUGCCGUGGGAUGCGGUCCCCAGGAGGAGUUCCGAGGGUGCGCCGACAUCGCGAUCGGCGACGAAGAGGCCACCCUGCCGCCGAGGACGUCCAAGCCGGAGACCUCGACCUCGGAGACGGCUCCGGGUCUUCCCGACGAGAGGGAGUCCGGGCCCAUCUGGCUUUACGGUCUCGUUAUUACCGGUACGUGUCUCUUGGUUGCCUUCGCUGCCUCGGCACUGCUUUACACGUACUACUACCACUCGGACCGGGCCAAGAAGUGGCUCAUGGCGAAGAAGCUCUUCGCCUCGAAGAUGCCCCCGGUUGCCCCGCCGAGGCACAAGCGACAUGGCACGGCCGCUGCACGGUUACAGGUGUAACGUAGAAUUCCAGCUCGACGAUUGUAUAUUGCUGUAGCGUAGAUUCCUGCAUCGAGAAAUGGAUUCAUUUAACCAAAGAAAUGUUUCAUUAAUUCGGAUAAUAAUUAUUAAUAAUAUGAAAUAGUUCCUUUGGUUGAAUGGACAUUUUUCCUUUACACGGUGUGGUUGGCAAUAUGUCCGAGGUCGCGUUACAGGUGUAACGUAGAAUUUCACCUCGACGAAUCGCUGUGUACAGCUGUUACGUGGAUUCCUGGUCGGUGAAAAGACGCGUCCUAGGUCCAGGUCGGCGAUCCUUGCGAGAAGGUCACAGCUUCUCCAGAGAGAAAGUAACACGCGAAUAUAAUUAGUAUCUCGAGAAGGUCAUCGUCGGGAUACGAAUUCCGGUUUAAAUGAACGCCUUUCCUAUAAUCACGGCGGAGUUAAUUUCAAGAAAACGCCCGCACGUCCACCAGGGUGCCUCGAUCGGCGUCCAGGGGACGAUUUAAUACUAAACGGGUACCAAAUGGCGCAGCAAAUCGGAUCGCAUGGGAAAGUCGCGAGCCUUAACUAAACGCCGAUAAUUAUUGGCUUGGCUAAAAAAUCCUUUUUUUUUUUUUUUUUUAAUAAUCAUUGUCUAGAAUUUGACAUAAACUCGAAGAGGUCGUAGGAAUACGUAAUUUUUUCUGGACGGUGACAUCGACGACGAUGAAAUUAAACGGCAUGUCGAUGUCGCGGGAUUUUUCUUUAGCCAGGCCGGUACUUCAUUCCGUAGGGCGUACGCUCAUCCUGUAUAUACGAAGACUGUACUCUCAUUAAAGGUAUUUAUUUUAUAGAA